UUGGCUGCUUGGACCACAGGGAAGUUUAAAUACACCACUGUGAAAACCGGUGAGUUGGCAAAGGAGUGUGUGCAUCAUUUUUAUGCCGUGAUUAUUUCGCCAAGAAUUUCUCAAUCUACGGAAGGAUAUUUCAACAAACAGGCCAUGACAUGAGUGACAGCACAAUGUCGGACCGAGUGGAGCUGUCAGAAGCCCUACGCCACAUUCUGGAAGAUCCAUAUUCAGAGUCUGAGAUGGAUGACCAUAAGGAGAACCUCGCUAAGGUGGGUGCCAGCCCUGCGUCGCCCAGAGCAGUGUCCCGCCGGAAUGGGAUCAAAUCCCGCCUUACUCCCAUCAACAAAGCAUCGACCCUUGUCCGGACGGGGUGCUCACCAAGGCCCGUCCUUGCAACCUCGGCCGACAAGUCCAACCGCGGAACACUCCAUGACAAAAGGAGGAAAGUGGGGUUCGAGGAUGAGCGGUCUCCGCCGAAGAAGCGUCGCCACGCCAACCACGUAAUCAUUCUACGGCAGCCAAAAAAUAAAACAAAGCAGCAGAAAUCCUUACCCAAAUGGUCCCCUGGGAGGGGGACACAACUUGCUUUAUCUGAGGAUCUGUACCCCACAGAUAAAGAAGUCAAACUAAGUUGCUCUAAUAAGGAAUUCACCGUUGAACUAGACAGUGGAGUUGUAGGAUUGGAACAGGAUUCCGAUCCCAAUGCAAAAGUGAUGAACCACAGCAUCCAGGGCACAGUUAACAAUACACCAAACCAAAAUGCUGGCAAAGUUGCGGAUGCUGUCAGUUCUGGGCAAGCGAUUUGUAUGAGCACCCCUCCCAGGGCGGUCCAACAUGGCACCCCCGACUCCGCACAGAAGUGCCUGGAGGCUGCCAUAGAGAGCCAGAUCAAGUUAGAACCGAGUGAGGAGGAGCUUGAAUCAGGCCUGCCAGCGCUCGAUGGGCUCGACCUCACUGCAUCGCCCCUGUGUCACUUCACGGACGCUGGCCAGCAGCAGUUGUACUCAGAGUUGUCGGCCUUGGAGACCGAGGGCCUGGAGGGAAAUGCAUGGCCAGCCAAUCAGGAGGAAGCUCUCCUGCAGCUGGCAGCCAGCCAGCAGAUGCUGCAGUGUGCUGGAAACUUUUGCUUUGACAUCAGCGGUCAACCCUUUUUGCCAAGGGAAGGGCCACUUGGGAGAUGGGUCACACGAGGAGGAAAUGCUGAUGACAGUCUGACUAACAUCACCUGGCUGAAGAGAAUGUCUGCACCUGAUCUAGAUCCAAACACCCUUCAAACUGCUCGAAUGAUGGACCCACGGUUCGAGCGGCCCACCUACUCCUACAGCACCUUGAUCCAGUUUGCCAUUAGCAGCUCCAAGACAGGCAAGAUGACCCUGCGCGAAAUCUACACCUGGAUUGAGGAGACUUUCCCAUACUUCAAAACAGCCAAGGCCGGAUGGAGGAACUCUAUCCGACAUAACCUCUCCCUGCAUAAGAUUUUUGUCCGCGAGCCUCCGAUCAGCCAUGGUCAGCCUGCCUUCUGGACACUCCGCCCAGGAACCGUCGUCCACCUGCCGGAACGGCGCAUGUACGUAGCCGACCCGGAACGCGGUGGCACUCUCUUGGAGGAGGUGGCCCCACCUACCCCUCCGAUGGUGCAGCCCACUGUGGGCAGUGAGCAGCAGCAGGGGGCACCCUUGUUUAUGGGUGGGGCCAUGCCGCCGGUUGUCAUGGUUCCGAGACCUCUUACGGGCAUGGCAAGUGACAUCAGUUCUAAAGAUUUCACAGGUACUGGAUCCAAGACGAAGAAGCCACCAUUGAUUCUCCCCAGAGGCAGUCAGCCUUAUGCACUCGUGCCUGUUCCACUUCUUGUGCCCUCGAGCCAGAACGGCGGCCAGACUCCAAGUGACGGACAGCCUCAGGCCGUCCCCCAUAUCCUCUCUCCCAUCAUCAUGGGUGGGUUCCGGCGCUUCGCAACCCUUCCUCAGACAGUCGGGGGACGCAGGGUGGUUCCAAUUGCGCCAAAGGUGAACCCGGUUGACAGGGGCUGUGGCAAUCUUAGCUGGUCUGUUAGUGCCGGCAGCGUGGCAGGCGGAGGAAACACCUCCUUGUGUAACACCAGCUCAGGGUCUGAUUCGGGCGUGGACCUCAGCGGUCGGAGCUGGACAUCCAGCUUGGCGUCAUCAUCGGCCGCCGUUGGUUCUAGGGUGCCUGGCACCUCAAACGGUGAUCUACCUCACCAGACGGUGCCAGGGCAAGGGCGUAGCUCACUGCCCAGCAUACAGGAGGACACAGACGAAACGGAAGGUGAUGACUCCUUCUCGGCAUUUUUCGAGCGAGAGCUAGCCUCACCCCCACAGAGCCAACCCAACUUGAAAGGCGUGCCUGUUGUUUCCACGCCCUGCAAGCAAGGCAACCUUCACACCUUGCUGUCACCGCUGCGCGGGUUCACCCCCUUCAAAAACCCACCCCUCGAUCCCGACAGCGGCAUCUUCCACGACUUGCCGAGCGACCUCUCCCUGACUCCUGGCCUGACACCCAACUACAAGAGUUCUCAGCGGGGCUCAGUGAGAGGUCAGAGGUCGCGAGUAGGGUCACUAGGGGAUCUGGGUUUGCCGGGACUGACCCCAGAGAAAGGCAGUCUGUCCAGUGAUGGUGUGCACAACCAGAGCUUUGGCCAAAUCUUUGGGGAUCUCGUUGGCUUGGAUAUGGAAGGUGAUGGCCUUGAUGUUGGCAAUAUAAGCUGGUCCAUGUUCUCUCCUGGCAAGCAGCAUAUGAAAUGAGUACUUAUGCAAGCGCCAUGUAUGGUUCCCCUGGUACACAUGUACAUGUAUUUCACCAUAAUCCAGUAAUACUGAGGGAAGAAUGCCUUUGACACUUUUUCAGUUCUGUAAUUAGGCCUGAUGUUGAGAGCCAGAAGGGUGUACACUAUUCAGUAUACACUAUAACCCAAUGUUCUGCAUGGAGCAAUCCCCAGCUUGAGGUCAGUGGACACCCAGAAGUUCCCUCCUCCAGCAACAGCAGAAUCCCCAGAAUCAGAUGUGCAGCUGAUUUAUAUCACUGGGAGGAGUCCCGUUGGGUCGGGAUCUCAUGCACCAAUUGGUCUACGCAGCAACAUUUGGCAUGGCAACAUUCUGUAUGUACAUGUACCAUGCUUGAGUGACAUCCUACUCACCUCUGAGUGUCUAUUUUCAAAACAAUGCCAAGUAUGGUCAUUUAGAGUACAUUAACAAGUUUGACACGGCCUUUGACUAUGUUUCUUGCACAAUACAUUUAUGUAUUUUAUGAGAUUUUAUUUCCAGUUUUUAAUUUCACACGCGUCUAUGCAUCCUAUGUACAUGUAAUUAGGGCCAAAGCAUGUCAGUAAUGUCUAGUUGGCAAGUGGGAAAUGACCAAAAAAACUUAUGGUCUUAAUUUUUGAAGAGAAGCAGAUUUUAAAAUUUGACAGCUGAAUUGAAAAAAUUCUAUUACAUGAGCAUACCUGUUGAAUCCGGCUCACAAAAUGACUCUGUGAAGGCAUUUUUUUUAAAUUUGGGUUUGUAAAGGGAUAUUCUUCAAAACAUUGCUAUUUGUAAAAAAGCAUUCAUGUCAGUAUUGUAAGGAGCAUGUGUUCCUACGUAAACAUACAUGUAAAUGUAGCAUUCAAUACUUUGCAAGCCAGAUUUGGUUUACAAUGUAUGUGUACAUGUAUAUUCACCCCGGAAACUGUAAAAAUGUGUAAAAAUCAGAAAAGUACAUACCAUA